AUGGAUUCCUUCCUGUUUGAGGACUCGAUUGAAACGAAUCCUUCUUUGAAACAGAACGUGGAUAUUGCAUAUGAGCCAUUUAAACACUUCAAUGGGCAUUUUUCGGAGGCAGCGAUCUUUGAUGCCAUGCCGUAUGUCAUUUUAAGUGAAAUUCUUCCCGAAGAUUUCAUGACUGCCCAUUACAACACAGCCUUUACUGGAGAUGUCAACUCCAGUUUAGUGUUUAUUCGCAUGUGGCUCGAAGAUGUACAGGCGAAUCCUAGAGAAUGGCUUCACGUCGUUGGAUUAGUUUUUGGUAUGGUCGAGUAUCUUCCAUACUUUGAAAGAAACUUUGGAUUUGUUUCUGCAAGAGAGGCCGAGUUUCUUCCUGCCUUUGAUCCGAGAAACGUGAUCUUUAAUCCGCGUGAAGGUCUUCCGGCUACGGUCAUUGUUCCGUUAUACAGCGGAAAUCACUUUGCCGUUGCAGUAAUGGAAGUAAGGUCCCUGGCAAAUGUCGAAGUCUUUAUCAUCGACACAUACAGGCCUGUUCCCGUUUUCCAUGCCAGAAGGAGCGACCUUCGGCAAUAUUUCAAAAACAUUUUUGAAGCAAUGUUUGGUGCUCAGUGCCCAAACUUAAAGGUCGAAAGCAUUGACGAUCACUUUGAUCCUCAAAAUGAUUCCUGGAAUUGUGGAUUUCAUUCUAUCCACAACCUGUACAUGUAUCUGCUCUUCACGCAGAAUAACGAGCCGUUCAGGAAACUCGGCCUCACUGGAGUUGAAAUUCGAAAACUGGGUUUGGACCAGUUCGAAAGACAAUUCCUGUUGUACGGUGGUGGUAAGGCAGCAAAAGCCAACCUGCGUUCGAAAGUCCCAGUGGUCCGACCUAACAAUCGGCCAACUAUCGAGCAAGUCCGCCAAUUGUUAGGCGAGGUUAUUCCACAGGAAGACCGUCGUCCAGUCGAGGAGAUCAGGCGAGAAAUUCCCAGAACUCCUCAAAGACGCCGAGGAGUAGAUGCUGUUCCAAGCACUCCGACAAAAAAGACAAAGUCGGUUCAAAAUAUGGUGGAAAAGUCAUCUGUGACUGAGCCAGAACCUGUAUUUGCGGUUCCAGAAUUGACUCCAAGAAAAAGGAGAUCAGUUACUAAGCGGCAGAUGGAUGAGGAAAACUCAAGUCAGGUUGAGGCCUCUCCAAAGAAACCCAGGGCUUCACCGAGAAAUACAUCCGCUGAGGACAAACUUAUGAAACGGUUUGACUGCGUUAACAUUUCUCUGAUGAUAGCGAAAGAAGAGAAAGCUCUGGAGAUUCCUGAAGUCUCGGAGGGGUACAAACUAUAUGCUGAGGCAAAGUAUCCAAGACAACAUUAUCGCUACAUGGUCCAGUUGUUUAAAGACGCUAACCGUGUAAGCACCAACACAAAGACAUUUGAAGAGAGACUCCUCGGAGACUCUGAAAUAUCUUAUGUUGAGAAAAAUGACGACGAGUUUGAUCCUCGGCUCCUCACAUUUCCCCUGGCUCAACUCAUAAGCCAGUCCGCAGCACCUGUGGGACUCAUCUCUCCAACGUGGUCGCUGGAUACCUCUGCUGAUCCUGCCGAUUAUUGUUUGAUUAACAUCGGAGCUAAUGAAUGUGGUGAAGAUCAUUCUGAUCCUGCACUUUUCAUUCCUCUGAUAAGACCAACCGCCUCUCGGAAAACGCGAACCACUUUGACAUCCCGUCAUUUCGUGCUGGCAAUAAUGUUUAAAUCCCGGCGAUCGGCGAAUGUCACGCUUAUUGACCCCGCUCGAACCGGGAUCAAUGCCCGCGAUUUUGAGCACAUGUUUCAAACAGUUUAUGAGAACGUUUUCUGUCCUCAAACUGGCGCAAAUCCACGAGCCCAAAUUUUUGUUACGUCGAAUUCAUGUCAGUACUACUGGACGGAUGACGGUAACUUUACUGCAAAUUACGCAGUUUCCAAUGCAGAGCUCUACUUGCGCUCAAAUGGAAUGCCACCAAACCAGGUGCAACGUUGGCCAUAUGGCCGAGCAGCAAAUUAUUCCAUUCGAAUUUUGAAUUCAAUCUUUUGCAGCUCUGCGCGUGAUAAUGUUUAUCAUCAGCUCUGUCUAGACUUUGAAAAUGAAAGUAAAGCCGACAGUCCGCUGUCACCUCCAAGAGUGGCAGUUGCGAGAACGCAGCCUGCACCAAGGCCUCCAACUCCUCCUCCAUUCACUCCAAGAACCCAGGCAAAGGGCAUAGUGCGGAGGAGUCAAAAAGGCUAUGUUCAAAAGGAGGAACUAAAACGGUCAAAGUCUUCCAAGAAAGGGCGGACCACCAUGCAUUGUCAGGCCUCUCAUAGCAGCGGCUAUUAUUAUCGGCACCCAUAUCACGUGGGUCUUUUCUAUGAUUGCCCGCAUUGUCAGGCAUGGUUGCUUUCUGGAGAAACUUCUUCAGAAUGCUGCAAGCACGGCCAGGUGGUCAUGCCAGACCUUCGAGACAUGCCUGAGUUUCAACAAAACUUGGUUCUCGGAGCAGGGAGUUUCCCCCUGAAACCUCUUCCCAAAGAGUACUAUCUCUGUUAUCGAGAUGAGAGCCCCAGAUUAAACCAAAUGUACGCAUUUGGGGCACAAACUGUACACCAGUCCGAUCCACCUGGACGCGGAGCGCCAGUGGUUAACAUUAACGGACAAACGGCGUAUCACGUCUCUAAUCCGGAAGGAUUCUCGAACACGCUUCUUCUUGGGCAGUUGCUCAGAUUUGCGCCGGAUUUGACAGACGACGACGUUUGUGAUCAACUAAAAAAGACUAAAAUGUAUACAAACAUGUCGCAUAAAGCUGCGUUUGACGCGUUAACAGCGUUCUUCUAUAAUUACAUUCGCCAGUACAACGACUUGGCGCAAAUGUAUUAUACAAUUAUUGAACGGCAGCAACUCCUUGGUUUGGAAGGCAAACCAAGUGAGAAUUACUUGCUCAAAAUUGUUGAUGCAAAAGAUCUGAGUCCUGAAUUAAGGCAAAGGUUGCUUCCUAAGGACCUUCACGAAAGGCAGAUCAAUAAACCCGAAGUUGCGGAACAUGCCGUUGUUUAUCUGAACGAUGAGAACGGCAAUGUUAAGCUUCCGCCGGGUAUGGUCGUGUUCAGUCGAGGUCACCAAUCGGCGAAGUACAAGGCGUAUAUGCCUGAACUUGACGCCUUUCUUUACCCUCUUCUGUUUAUACAUGGCGAGCCAUACUUCCACCGACAUCUUCCAUUGCGAGAUGUCGGUGAAGAUGACAUACUCCCAGAGCCUCGGCCUGGAGAUGACGAUGAGUUCUUGCCUUUUGAGGUGAAUGUCGCGUUGAACCCGCUUCCAGCCGGGUUGAAACAAAACGAGGACGACAUUAACAUAGAAGAAUUGGAAGAAGCGGCCGACGAGGACGAUCUUCUUCCCAAGAAAACAAAGCCAAAGGCAAAGAAGUGCUCUUUGCGAAUGCAAGUCAAGUAUAGGCUUCAGCGUAGACCUCGAGAUCGGGGAGUUCAUCGAAUUUAUAACCACUAUAAACUCGGUGGCCGCUGGAUUUGUCAAAAAGCCUUGGGAAUCGAAGAACAGGUCUUUGAUUACUACGAGAAAAACGUUGUACCCAAGCGACGCGUCGACGCUAAAUAUGUCCGCGAAAACUUUUCGGAACUUCUCAAGCAGAAGUCCAAAGGCUACCAACUUGGUAAGCUGACUAGGAUGCCUCCAGGUCAUCGAUACAGUCGUCGCUACUAUCAGCGACAGUAUUCGAACUGUAUAGCCAUGGCUCAGACAUUGAGUUCGCCCAGUUUCUUCAUAACAUUGACUGCGAACUCUGAAUGGCCUGAUUUCCUUCAGCUUUGCGGAAAUAAAGGAGUUGAUCCGAAGAAUGCAUAUGACAUUCUAAACCGAGUCUUUCGACAAAAGGUUGUCGAACUCAUGAGACGUAUUGCGCCUCCGCAGAAAGGACAGCAAGGGUGGUUUGGGCAAUGCCUAGGCUACUACAUGUCUUUGGAGUUCCAGAAACGAGGAAAUCCUCAUGUUCACUUGCUCCUCUGGACUGAGCACAAAGAAAUGUCGGCCCACGUUGUCGACGAAUUUAUCUCGGCCAGAUUCCCAGAUCCGGUCGCGGAUGCUGAGGUUCAUGACAAGGUUCUUCGGUACAUGAUCCAUGACUGUAAAGAAACCGAUCUGUGCCGGGACAAAAACGGAAAGUGCACCCGGCGCUAUCCUCAGGAAAUUGUUCCGGAAACCAGAAUUGGCCCUGGAUAUGUGGCCUAUCAAAGGUUGGAACGUGGAAAGGACGUCACAGCCCCAGUCCAUUCCGGAAGUAAAAUAGUGGACGGCGUUCAGCGCGUCUACACCGAUCGUCAUGUUGUACCAUACAACAAGACUUUACUCACAUGGUGGGACGGUCAUUCAAAUGUUGAGGCCGUGUGCACCAACGGAACCCCCGCAUACGUUUUAAAGUAUAUCUUAAAGGGGAAUGAUCACGCCAUCGUUCAAGUCAUUUCUGAAUUUGAAGCUCUCGAAGCUCAGAAACAGAAAGAAAGAGAACUUGAAAAAGAAAGGCAAGGGAAACUCGGCGAGGAUCAUCCGUUCGAUGAGAACGAGAUUGACCCCGAGAAAAAGAAUCCGAAUGAAAAGAUCUACGGAAUCGAGAUUAACCCAAAGACAAAGAAAGUCGACAUCCAUGAGCCCGAAUACUAUAUGGGAGCGAAUUAUAUCACGCCCCAAGAAGCUCACCUUCGCAUUUUCAGCUUCGGGCCUGUCUUCGUCUCCCAUAUUGUGGAGCAAAUUGGCAUUCACAUGCCCGGAGACAGCCAUGUUUACGCGGCUGACGGAGAGCCUAUCGAAAACAUAGCGCAAAAAGUCAGCAACCUGAAUCCAAACGUGUAUUCAAGGUUGACCGCAUACUUUCAGUACUGCGCAGAAAACGCUGAAGAAACAGCUGAUCUGACGUACGUUGAAUUGAACAAAAACUAUGCCUACGACUACAAGACAAAAACGUACAGAAAGUACAAAAAACAAAUGAAAAAGAUCGUGCAAUUGCGCGAAGUCUCGGUGAAGAACAAGGAGUUAUUGGCCUUAAGAUCAAUAAUUCUGACCGUUCCUUGCCUCAAGAGCUUCGAAGAGUGCCGAACGCACGAAGAACAGAUCUUCUCCACGUUCUUGGAAGCUGCACAAGCUAGAGGACUCUUCCAUUCAGAUGUCCUUUGGCGACAUGCUCUUGAUCAAGCCCGGGGCCGUACGUGUAAACACUUUGUGUUUUUGUUCGCCCAAGUACUUAUUGAGGCAGGCGAACUCAUUGAAGACCAGCUUCAACUGUGGAACGAUUACAAGAUCCACAUGUUGAUGCCUCCGUUCCACAGACCCAAUAUGCCGGAUGAUGAAAUCAGGCAAAGGCAGGAGCGUAGAGCUUUAGAACUUCUCAGUUAUUACCUCUCCAACAUGGGUGGGAAGUACGAGUCGUUCAAUUUACCACCACUAACUGGAACUUACGAUCCAGACGUUCAUGGUGAGAACGAGGACUUAUUUAUCGGUGAGUUCGACAGCACUGAUCGUCCUGCUGAGCCUAAAAAGCCUAAGGUCAGCUUUGGAGAUGAUCAGCAAUACGCUUUCGACAUGAUAACGAAAGCAUUGGAAUUGGCGCCUCAGAACAAAGCCAUUCCACACCGUCAGUUCUUCUUACACGGAGCAGGCGGAACAGGGAAAACAACCCUUUACAAUGAGCUCAUUGACUAUUGUCAAGAGCAGGGCAUCAAGCACGCAGCAACUGCCACAACUGGCGUUGCUGCGAACUUAAUUAAGACCGGGCAGACCCUUCACAACCUGAUAUGGGCCCCGAUUAAUCUUGACUCGGAUACUCUUCCGACACUGAAGUACGAAGAUCAAAAAGCCCAACGUCUUCGUGAACUUGGCUUAUUGAUCAUCGACGAAUCAAGCCAGCUUAACGUCGAUCUUUAUAACUAUUUGCAACGGCUCUUACGUCACGUUCGAAAAGCGGGCGACAUUGACCGUCAAUUAGUUAUUGUGUAUGGCGGCGAUUAUCAGCAGAUAUUGCCUGUCUGCCCUGAUCUAUCGAUUGGCCAAGAGUGGACAAAGUCCUUAAUUUCAAAGGCUUCUGAGAUGCAGUACAUCGUGCUGAAACAAAAUCACAGAACAAGAGCCGAUGAACGGAGCUACAGACAGUUUCUCAGUGAGAUUGGCUCCGGGACUAACUUCAGUUCAACAUUGUCCUUGAUAUCUCUGAGGCAUAAGCUUCAUCCAGAGAUACACAACCACACAAGUCCUCAAGACAUGAUCGAGGCUGUGUUCCCUCAGAGUCACCUCCAGUUGGGCCUCGAAGAUAGACCGACAGCAAUGGCUAUCUUAGCUCCGAGGGUUCAGACUGUAAUGAACCUGAACACAGAAAUUCUUGACCGUUUCCCCGGUAAAGAACACGUAUACGUCUCGGUAAAUACCCCGAAUCCCGAGGAUGUCAGUAACUUUGACCAUACUGUCAUCGAAGCAAUGCAAGAACAGAUUUGCAAAGUAAACGACGGCAAUAUGCCUCCCGGAGAACUCAAACUCAAAGUGGGAGUUGAUGUCGUUUUGCGCAAGAACUUAUCCGUUCGAACAGGCUUUUCGAACGGAACAAGAAUGCGCGUAGUUGCCUUGAACAACGACCUCAUUGAGUGUCAAAAGAUUGAUUCGAACGGCAAUCUUGGGCAAACCGCCCUGAUCGCUCGGAGUCGGUUCGACUACCGUCCUCCAAAGCAAUCUAAAGCUGGAAUCCGCUUUACGCGGUAUCAGUUCCCGUUGCAGUUGGCCUUUGCGAUGUCGAUAAAUCGUGCGCAAGGUCAAACUUUGAACGUCGUCGGUUUGUACUUGGACGAUCCAGUCUUCAGUCACGGCCAGACGUAUGUGGCGCUUAGUCGCACAAGAAGAGCUGCAGAUAUCCACAUAUACUCACACGUCGAGACAGACGAGAUUGAUAAUGUGGUAUACGGGCGCGUUACAGAGUUCCUACGCGAUCUAGAUAAAAUUUACGACAAUCAAAAGUCGAAAUACCCUCAGAAACCUGCUGGGAAAUAA